AUGUCUGCUGUGGCACCCAUGGAAGAUGGCCACAAGAAAGUCGAAGCAAUAUCCUCUGGCCUGUGGGAAUCCACCGACUCUUCGACCUUCUUUACCACCAUUGGCCUUGUUCUUGAGCUUGGCGAUGAACUACGAAGGGCUGAAUCAUCGCCUUGCGUUUAUUUGCAGUGGCUGAUGCCGACUACGCUAGAUGCAUUGACACCAGACUUUCCACAACCGGAUGGGCAUCAAAUUUAUGCACGACUACGCUUCCUCUUUUGCAGGAACUACCUGCGGGAUGAUACAAGCAGGUCACCCCAUCUUGCAACACUGAGCAGAAGGAAGGUGAAGCAGAAGGAGCCACAGAAGAAGCCACAGAAGAAGCCACAGAAGAAGCCACAGAAGAAGCCACAGCGGAACGUACAACCAGCCCAGGUCCAUUCUGCAUCGAGAACAACCGGGCUGGUCCCGGGGUUCGACGGAAUCCAGGUGAUGUCCUGGCUGCUGGGCAACCUGCGAGUCAUGGCAAUCGUGCGACCUGGUCAGUUAAAGCAGUCUGUAACGCGCCUUGCCUUGUGGUUCCGGAAACAAACUCCCAACCUCUGGACUGCGUCGUUGUUGUUCCAACGACUCAGUAUUGAUCAUUGCAAGUAUCACCAGGCUGAAGGGCACCCGAAUGUCCUCUCAGCAGGCGCCCGGAAAUGCGUUGUCAACAGACUCCGUUGUUGCCCAUGCACUCCAUCUCAGUAUCAGACUUGGAAUGAGGCGGCUGUUCGAUAUGGAUGA